ACGAAAACCCUUAAAAGAAAGAAUCUUCCUUUCAAGCUGUCUCUCUCUCUCUCUCUCUCUCUCCACUGCUCUCAAUAUAUCGCAGAGACUGAAAAGCACCAAAGGAGACGACUUUCGCGCAGAUCUCUCUCUGUUUUGAAAGUCGCAUCAAUCACAAUGGCAAUGACCUCAUGUUUCUUCAGUGUUCCGACACCGAACACAUCAUCCUCCAUCACUGAAUCCAAUCUCACACGUCCCCACCUGGCCUUCUCUCCUAGACUCUCGUCCUUCUCCUCCUCCUUCACCGCAAAGUCCAUCUCUUUCCACCGCCGCGUCACUAUUUCCCCUGUUUUCUCCGCAUCAAUCUACAGAGGCGGCGGCUCUGACGAUAACAACAACAACAACGGAGGAGAUGGUGGCGGCGGCGAUGGUGGCAAGAACGACGGGGAUGGAGACGGUGGCGGCGAAGACAGGGAUAGGAACAGGAGCGAGGCGAUGAUGCUGUUGAAGGAGUCUGGGACCGAACUGGACAGUCUUCCCAAGGAUCUAGCGGCUGCUGUUGAGUCUGGUCGGAUCCCUGGAUCGGUUAUCGCUAGGUUCCUAGAGCUUCAGAGAUCGGCUGUGAUGAGGUGGCUGAUGCAGUUUGCUGGGUUUAGGGAGAGGUUGUUGGCUGAUGAUCUCUUCUUGGCUAAACUCGCCAUGGAAUGUGGUGUUGGUGUCUUCACUAAGACUGCUGCUGAGUAUGAACGGCGUAGAGAAAAUUUCUUCAAUGAACUUGAAGUUGUCUUUGCCGAUGUGGUGAUGGCUAUCAUUGCUGAUUUCAUGUUAGUUUAUCUUCCUGCUCCAACCGUGUCUCUUAGACCACCUCUCGCACUUACUGCUGGUGGUAUCUCCAAGUUUUUCCACAACUGCCCUGACAAUGCCUUCCAGAUUGCUAUCUCCGGAACCUCUUACUCUCUCUUGCAAAGGCUAGGUGCUAUAGCGCGCAAUGGGGCUAAGCUGUUUGCCGUUGGUACCACAUCAUCCCUGGUUGGUACAGCUGUUACAAACGCAUUUAUAAAAGCAAAGGGAGCUGUGGACAAGACUUCUGAGGGUGAAGUCGAGACUGUUCCAAUAGUAUCCACAAGCGUUGCAUAUGGUGUCUAUAUGGCAGUUUCUAGCAACCUUAGGUACCAAGUAUUGGCCGGUGUGGUAGAACAACGUUUCCUGGAGCCAAUGCUACACCAACACAAACUUGCACUCAGUGCCAUGUGUUUCGCUGUUAGAACAGGCAACACCUUCUUGGGUUCCUUAUUAUGGGUUGAUUAUGCACGUCUCAUAGGGAUCCAGAAAUCUCAUUGAUGAGUCAGAAGAAGAACAUGAUGAGCUCGGUUCAACAUGAUCUGCUUUCUACUUAUGUAUACGAAACUACUUUUGUUACUGAAUUUGAUUUGUUCCUAUUUGAUAGGAAAUUAGUCGAUAUGAUUCCAUGCAAACAGAGGCUAUUUUUUUUCACAAACCACAUAAAAGACUUUUAUGCA